AUGAGUCACGUCGAUCUGGAUCGCGUGAACAUGGGAUCGGCUGACGCGUGCCUCAUUUUGGCCAACAGUCGUGCAGUUGAUCCAGCUCAAGAGGACGCCGCCAACAUAAUGCGAGUCGUCGCGGUGAAGAAUUACGCCAGCAGCGUUCGAGUGAUCGUGCAACUGCUUCAGCAAUGCAACAAGGUGAGCCUCUGUCCGAUGGUAAAUAUGUGGUUUUAA